CAUUCGUUUUUCUUUCGUUUAUUGUCGAAAAUACAGUUUCAUGUAUAGGCACAUCGCCUACGUGACUGAGAUUCAGAAAGAGCUGGUUUACCAAGCUAGGUAACUUAGUGCUCGUGCGGCGUGCAUGUGUAGCGGUGGUCCGACUCCGACCUGAAAUCUUUCCAUCAUGACUUCCCACACAUAUGAUAUAUCCGAUAAGUCCAGGCUACUUAUCCAUCUCAUCUUCAAUCAAGAGAGUCACGGUGGACCACGAAAUGAAGCCCAAUACAGGGUUCCUGUCUCUUGCUGAAGAACUCCGGGUUUUUAUACUGAGCUUUCUUCCUUACCGAGAUAUCCUUCAUUGCACAUCUAUAUGUAAGGCCCUUCGCCAGACAUAUCUAUCCUCCUCCGAGCUUCAGUACAUCGUUGAACUCGGUGGCCAACAUUUGCUCCCUGUAUCCAACACGGACAACCACACACCUAUUUCCGAGCGUCUACAACUCUUGAGGAAUAAAACUCACGCAUGGUUCAAGGCUGACGUCAACUCUUUCGAAUCAUUCCCUAUACCGUUUAAAAAGUGCACUACGAGCGUAUCCGUCGCUAAUGGGCAUGUCUAUUUGUGGGACCAAGACGACGAUACUGCCAGGAUCAUUCCGCUUCUUCUGGAGCCCCCACAACAAACAUUCCAGCGCUACUGGUCUCCAGGAACGUUGUGUUCAGUCCCCCACUCAACCAACAUGGAUGUGUUCAUGGACCCAGCACAAGAUCUGAUCGCCGUCGUGUAUAUUGUUGAUCACAAGACAACUUAUAUUGACCUUAAAGCAUUGAGUGUCGAUGGUGUUCACCCCCGCGCUGCUGGACAAACAAUGUAUCUGUCCGGGCUGCCCGGACACGAUGACUCGGAAAUACACACAGUGGGCCUCGUUCUCAAAGGUUUUGGAAGGCAUAUUGCUUUGCAGCGCAGUUUGUCCGUUGAACAAGGGACUUCGUCAGACGACAUGUGGCAGUUACAGAUUUGGGACUGGCAACACUCAACGACAUCCAAUAGCGCCCUCAGCGGCUUAAUGGAUCCCGAAUACAGCACCAUAUUCGAUUUUUGUUUCCUCGGAAAUAAUAGGUUGCUCGCUUGGAUCGACGAUUUGAGGAUCUAUUCCAUCGAGGAUAUGUCCCAGACGCCACAAUUGCUGGCGUGUUUUCUGAUGCCCAUCCCAUUGGAUGAAACACAGUUUAUCCUUCCGAUGGAUGAUAUUCAUCAGAUCCAAGCCCAACAAUCUAUGUACACUUCUGACCCUGCACAUCGCAUACUAUGCAUUUUCGCGCCCCGUCCCGCUUCUCGUGUCUUCAUCAUUUCCACAAAGGUUUUCUUCGACCUUGACGGAAUAGCAGCAGCAACGCCAAUACCAUGGGAGGACUGGGGCCCAUCAAAUACCCGUAUUUUCGAUCAACCACAUUUCUGCGGAGUUUACGUUUGUGGCAAUCGAGUUUUGCAGUCAUUUUGUGUCCUCGGGGAGUUUAAAUUACAUGCGAUGGAUUUCAGUCCGCUAGCUGUGAUGAACAGGCGGGGUCUAGGACGAGUGGUGAAAGAGCCAUCUACGAUAGACGUCACUGAUCAAGAUUUCAUAUGUGACGACUUCAGGCCAGGGGACACCUUGACAACAUUCCUGCCUUAUGUCGAUGUCGUAUUGGACAGAACCUUCCGGGGCGCACCUGACAUAUGGAUAGACGAAGAUAGAAUUUAUUUAUUCGAUCCGGAAGAAGAACAGACCGUGGAAGGUACUAGCACGAUUGAAAUUAUCGACGUCUAGAACUUCGGGUAUCAGCUAGUUACUUAUGAAGAUAGAUCGAGGCUGGUUUGCUGAUCAAUGUACUGGGUCUCGACUUUCGAGCAUGUAUUCACCAUAGUGUCUUCGAACGUUGCAACUU